AUCGCAUUCUCGUUCUUGCAUGGGAUAUAGAGACAUAUAAUUCACGAAAAACUGGCAAGAUGCCUAACUCAAAAUACGAUGAAGAUAAAGUGUUUAUGAUUUGCAUGACAGUUAAUUGGAAAGAUGAUCCUGAACUGUUAAAGCGAAUCUGUCUUGUCAAUAGACAUUUAGCUCUAGAUAUACAAAUAGGCUUCAAUGAUUCACAAUAUGACUGGAAAUUUAUUGUAGAGAAAGCUAAUAAAUUAGGGAUUCUCAAAUGGAUGUUCAACUAUAUGUCAUUCAACUGUAUAGCUAUUGAUGUCUGGCCCUAUUUUAUGGGAUUUUCUUCUAAAAAAGAAAAAAGUAGUCUCACAUAUUACUUAAAGGAGUGUAACUUUGACAACAAAGUGGAUUUGCCUAUUCACUGCAUGAACAAAUAUUAUGAGAUGGCAUUGAAGGAAACAAAUGCCACAAUGGCUGAGCAGAUGCGUAAAAUAGCUGAGUUUUAUAUCAUUAAUGCUUUUAGUUGCCAGCAGUUAAUAAUUAAGCGCAAUAUAAUUAAUGAGUACAAGACGGUUGCUAAUAUAGCAUUUAUAUCAUUAUUCAAUAUGCAUUAUUUUGCAAUAGGAAUGAAAGUGAGCAAUCUUUUAAGUGUUAGUACAUGGCGGAAAGGAAUUUUAACCAGUACAAUUUUAGAGAAAAUGGAGAUAGAGUCAUUUUUGGAUACCUAUGUCUUCCCAUCAAUAAAGAGGCUUAAAAAUAAAUGUCCUGUAACUGGCUUAGACUUUGUGUCAUUAUAUCUGAGUCUUAUUAUGACUUACAACCUCUCACCCGAUAAAAUAAUUUUAUCUCGAAAACAUGCUGAGUCUCUGAGAGGUGGUGGCAAAAGGCUCCAUAAAAUUAAUUUCAAAUUCAAUGAUAAUGAUGUUUUUGCAUGA